AUUUUUUUUACUCAACCUCUUUCGUUAUUUCUUUAUGAGCCGUCUUCUCUCGAAAAAACUUUUCGUCUUCUCUCUAAUCGCAAAAUCCACCAUUAAACUCACUCAGCUCUCUCUCUCUACUUUCCAUCUUUUCAAAUCCUUAACUCUCUCUCUCUUCUCCAAAACCCUAACCUCUAUGGACGAUGAUUUCUUUUCCUCCGCCGCCGCCGACGACAGCAAUUACCUUGACUUCGACACCACUCCCUCUACUUCCUAUUCUUCUCGCCGUUACUUUGGCCGUCCUUUUAUUGAUGACGAUGAUAGUGACGUUGAGAAGCUUUACUUAGUUCCUUUUAGGUGGUGGAAAGAGGCCAAAAUCGGCGGUGACGGUCAAAUUGGAGUGUUGUAUGAUGUGGCAGUGAGUGGUGGGGAUGUUGAUAAGGAGAUUGCGCUGGACUUGCGGAAGGUAGAGGAAGAUUCUAGAAAGAGCGAUGAUAUAGUGUACGAGGAGUAUGCUUUGUUGUCUGGGACAAUGUGGUUGCAGGCACUUAAAUGGCAUAAUGAUUCUAAAGCAGCAGUACAAGAUGUAGAUAGCCCUUUGCUUGCAGAAGAUGAUUUAGAAGAUGUCUUUCCCUUACAAAUCAGGCUUUCAGUUUCUCCAGAAACAAAUUCAUUGAUUGUGAAGAUCAGUUUAAAGGAAAAUGAGGUUGCUUUUUACAGGAGAGCAUGCAAUAUAUUUUUCUCCAAGAAUGAGGUGUUACAUAUUUGGGACUUCUCAAGGCAAACGACCCAAGUUUUCAUGAAGGUUAAAAUUGACUUGCCUAAUUGUUCUAUGGGACAAUCUGCUGAAGAGGUUCUCGUUGAAUUGGAAGUCUAUGGAUUUCCUGAUUCCAUUAAAGUUAGAGACAGAAAGAUAGAUGAGAUGGCAGAAAAUAGCGUGACAGAUGGUUCCUUCAGCACUGGUUUGGUAAAAAUGAAUGGAAGCAGUGAUUUAAUGAGCUUUUGUUCAACGCCAACAAACUCAUCACUUUCUGGUUGUAGCUAUAGAAGAUUUGGUUACUUGGGUUUGGCAGGAUUACGGAACCUUGGGAAUACUUGCUUCAUGAAUAGCGCAAUUCAGUGUUUGGCACACACUGCAAAGCUCGUUGAUUAUUUCAUAGGAGAUUAUGAAAGAGACAUAAAUCGUGAAAAUCCACUAGGGUUGAAAGGUGAACUUGCUUUGGCAUUUGGAAACUUGCUAAGGAAGCUUUGGGCUCCAGGAGCAAUUCUUGUUGCUCCUAGAAUGUUCAAGCUAAAACUUGCUAAUUUUGCUCCUCAAUUCAGUGGCUAUAACCAGCAUGAUUCCCAAGAAUUUCUUGCCUUCUUGUUGGAUGGACUCCAUGAAGAUUUAAAUCGUGUGAAAUGCAAGCCUUACACAGAAGCUAAAGAUACAGAUGACCAUCCGGACAAUGAAGUGGCAGAUGAUUAUUGGCAGAAUCAUCUGGCUCGCAAUGACUCGAUUAUAGUUGAUUUAUGCCAAGGUCAGUAUCGUUCAACAUUGGUUUGCCCCAUGUGUAAGAAGAAGUCUGUUACAUUUGAUCCAUUUAUGUACCUGUCGCUGCCAUUACCUUCAACAACAAUGCGAACAAUGACUUUAACGCUUUUGAGCACUGAUGGGAGUACAUUGCCUUCUCCUAUUACUGUAACUGUUCCAAAGUGUGGGCGGUUAAAGGAUCUCCUUGACGCCUUGAGCUCUGAAUGUCCAUUAAGAAAUGAUGAAACUCUCUUAGUGGCUGAGAUAUACAGGAAUAAGAUUUUCCGUUUCCUUGAGGAGCCAUCUGAUUCAUUAGCUUUGAUCAGAGAUGACGACAAGCUUGUUGCUUAUCGGUUACCCAAAGAUAAUGAAGCAUCUCUAUUGGUUGUGUUUUUGCAUGAACUUUUGGACAAGCCUUCCGGAUUGGAGAGUGCGGCACCAAACUGGAAGUUGUUUGGCAUUCCUCUUGUAGCAAGAUUUUCUGAUCUUUGUAAUGGAUCUAAACUGCGUAAACAGUAUCUGAAGGUGCUCAAUCCAUUUCUAAUGCCUGCUGAUGAUGAUAUAUUGAAUGAUUAUGAUGAUUUGGGAAUCACAGCUAAUGAUGAUUCUGCAAUGGCGGAUAUCCCUAGUCCUACAGUUUCAGAGAAUAAUGCAGGCUCAGAUGGUGAAACAGAUGACGAUUCACUUUUCAGUUCUGAAUUUCAAAUCAACAUGACAAAUUUGGGAGAAUCAGCAGAGAUACAGAUGAGUAAGCCGUCACCAAUCCCUAAAUUUAACAAAAGAUUCGAGGUGUAUGUUUCCUGGUCUAAAAAGAUGAUUGAGAAGUAUGAUACAUGCAUUCUGAGCUCCUUACCAGAGGUUUUUAAGCCACAGUUGUAUACAAGGAGGCCACAGGAGUCUGUUUCUUUGUAUAAAUGCCUAGAAGCAUUUUUGAAGGAAGAGCCUUUAGGACCAGAAGACAUGUGGUUUUGUCCUGCCUGCAAAAAGCAUCGACAGGCUAGUAAGAAGUUGGAUCUUUGGAGAUUGCCUGAAAUAUUGGUUGUUCACUUAAAGAGGUUCUCUUACAGUCGAGUUAUUAAGAACAAGCUGGAAACCCAUGUUGAUUUCCCAGUAGAGGAUUUUGAUCUUUCAACUUACAUUUCUCGCAAGGAUGGUCAGUUUUCCUAUCGAUAUGAGCUAUAUGCAAUAAGUAAUCAUUAUGGAGGCAUGGGAGGCGGACACUAUACUGCAUUUGUUGAUCAUGGCCAUGGUAGGUGGUAUGAGUUCGACGACGACAAUGUUUCUCCUGUUAAUGAAGGCCGGAUUAUCACAUCUGCAGCUUAUGUACUCUUCUACAGAAGAAUUGCAUGACCUUGUCGUAGAACUUGUUUGUUGUAAUUUAACAUCUGGGUGAGGACAGCAUUGCAAAUAAAGAAAGAUGUGGCAGUGAGUUUCAGACUUCUUUUGCUUAGAGAUUGGGAUUGGAGAAAACGCAGAUUCGAGUCCUUGUACAGCUUUUGGAAGGUUCUGGUGGAUAAAGGAAGUUUACUUGAUAUUUUUUUGAAGUAACAUAUGUCUCACAUGUAUAUAUAUGUUGCAGAAAGAAUGAUGAUAGUUUUCCAUACUAAUUUUUAUCAGAAUGGGGCAAGUUACCCUUGAUUUGAAUUGUAUAUAGUUUCAAUGGAUACAAAAUUCUACUUGAGAAAGGGAAAUUUAAUUAGUUGGAUUUUUGGCUUA